AUGCAAGGCGCGAUGCGGCAGCGAGCCGACAUGAUCUCCUUCUUCACCUUCGACUCCUACAUCUCCAUCGUAGGUGUCGCCUACACCGCUGUAGGUUAGUACAAAUUGUUCUUAUCAUUGGAAAGAAUCAUUUUUACCCUUUAAUAACUAUUCGAAUCAAAAACUUCCCGCUUGUUCUCCAACAUCAACAGCUUGAAACUAAAAACUUCAGAGAGUUUUAAACUUCAUUGGCAGCAUUGUUAAUGUUAGCUUGAAUAAUACUGUUGGAAACUGAAUACAACUUUUUGAAACUUUGCAUCCGUUAGAGAAGCAUACAGAACUGUCCGAAAAAAUACAAAAGCUCGGUUUCAGCCACAACUUUCUUGUAAGGAAUUCAAUCUUUCUGUAAGUUUCUGGAGUUGUGAUGACUUUUAUUUUUAAUACUCAGGUAAAGUUUCAGUUCACAGAAAAAAAGCGCAGCUUCAAAAACUUUCAGAAAUAUCGCCAUCUUCACAAGAAAAUUGUUACCAAAGUCGCGUUUUUUCGUAUCUUUUCUGACGUUUAGCAGUACAGAAAUCGUCUUUGGCAACUUUCGGCCUUCUUGCAGAUAGACAGCUUUUCUUUUUGAAUUUUCUAUCACAUACCCAGAAAAAGUUUCUAGCAAAAAAGGCUGUCAACCUUGUUUUGACAUUUUCUAUGAACUCUUUCCUAAAUUCAGCUGUCAGUCUCAACAGGAAGUUUCAUCAAAGAGGAAGUGAAAGUUCCUGGAAAAUAGAAAAUGCAAAAUUUAAAAUAUUGAACUCGGCGCCCAACUUGGCUUUCAGGGUUGCUAGGUUUCCUGUGCAAUGCAACGACAGUACUCAUGAUCGCUACCAACCGCGUGUUUCGGCUUUCCGCCUACACGAUCAUGGCCAACGUGGCACUCGCCGAUAGCAUAGUCAUGCUCAUUGGUAUAUCAUAAGCCCCCGACCUUCAAUUUCUUCUCUUCCAGCCGGCGUGGCUUGUGGCUUGGAUAUCAUGUGGCCGGACCCAGUCAACGACCAGCACUCCUUCAUUCCCAGCCUCGAAGCUGCGCCAACUGAGGUCGAUUACAAAAACAAUUUGGAUAUGGAAUCCAAUCAACAGAAGCAUUCUCACCGUGUGAAAAAAUUGAAGUCUUGAUUUCCUUUGUGUAUAAUUAUGUCAAUUGCUCCUAUUUUUGAGACCACCCCAAUUGAAACUCUUUCAAUUGCCCUGUUCAAAGAGCGAAAAAAAAGCUUGAAAAAGAAGAAAAACAAAUUGGAGAGAAGAAUGAACUUUGAAAGAUCAACAAAUGAUGUUCUCUGGAAUUCUUGAAGCUUGGAAAGCCACAAAGUUCAGAUGGAGAUGUCGGUGAACGAAACUUUGGCUUCAAGAAAAUCUCAGACUCAUGUUGCACUGACAUUCGCAUUCAUCGCUUCAUGGACCGCAGGAGUUGUGGGUUUUUUCUUAACCACAAAAGUAAUUAUUUAAAGGUUCCAAUUCCAAGCCCAUAACUUCAAAAAAAAUUCUUUUUUUGAAAUUGUUUGAAUGCGUGAAACAACAAAGUUUCGCGCGGAAACGUGGAGAUCAUGCGGAAAAUUUUCCAGAUAAGUUACGCCAUGCUCGGAGUGAACCGUUGCAUAGCAAUCUGCUACUACGGUACUAAAGCGAGAGUUCUCAACCGCGUUUCGGUUGCUCUGGGAUGUUCUGGAACCACGUGGGUGGUCGGCAUAGCCGCAGGUGAUCAUCUUGUGGAGUAGAAACGCUUUUAUGAAGAAUAUAACAAACUUCAGCGAUUUUCUUGAAAAUAAUCAGGGCUUCCGUUUAUUUAGCCUGGCCACUUGCAAAAAAAAAGAACUUCUUUGAGCUCCUUAAAAAUUUUCAAAGAGCCGAAGCCGAAAAAAAUUAUUUUUAUUUUCAACCAUUAUGUCUUGAAAAGGGAAUUUUCUUACUCGAGUGACUGAAAAGGUAAUGAAAGAUUAAAAAGUUCAUUUUUUUCCUGAAAACGAAAAGGAAACAUGUUCUAAAGCUGUGGUAAAGGUGUGAUAUACACUAAUAAGUGUAAGAAGAAGGGCUUGUAAAGACGAAAUCUCAAAGAAAACAGAUUCGUUGAACUAAUAUUCAUGAAUCCGUUUAAAAAAGGAAGCGUCAUCAGCUUGAAAUCAUCUCUUUUUUAGCAAUUGUUGGUACGGUUCCACUCUCCAUGAUCGGCAUCCAGAGGCCUCUUUGGACAAUCAGUUUCGUGAACGAACAGCCACACAAAAGUAACUCAAAUUGUCCAAGAAUAAUGACGAAAUAAUUUACUUCAGCCCUGUUUUUCGCCCUUCUCUGUGGCGCGAACGUUGUCGGACUAAGUGCCCAAUGGAUCUGCUCGACCUUAGUUUUGCUGAAAAUAAGACAAGUCAAGAAGAAAAUAAGCAAAAAUAAGCUGAACCAAAACUCCGCGAACAGAUUUAGAAAACAGGUUUGUAGUGAAUCUGAUUUUUGUGAUGACUUGGGAAAGUUCUGCAGGCGCGGUUGACCUUCCAGUUCUUCUAUCCUUCGAUCCUCUGCACCAUUUCAACGGCUCUAUUUUUCAUCAAACCUUACGUGUAUUCGUCUCUGACAGGCUGGCAGCUCGUCUUGCUGCAUAUGGUAAUUUUUUUUCAAGGAGAUUCCUUAGAUCUAAUUUUGGAUGAAGCCUUUAUAUCCAAAUUAUAAAUCUGUUUACCAACGUCCAGAAACUGUAAAGAAUAAAAAAAAAUAAGUGCUGAUGAAAUAAAACUGUUUUGAAGAAGUGGAGACAGAGUUUUAGAAUAUUUUCUGUCCAAAAAUUGAUACGUUCAGGUCUGGCUCUGCAAUCAUAUGUGUAACCCCUUUAUCUACGCGUACUUCAACGACAGAAUGCGGCUUACUUACAAAGAAAUAAUAACAUGUGCCUUCAUUCGCUACGAAAUAAGAAAAAGACGGUCCAGCCACCCCUUCCGAAUGCACGGACGUCACAACGUCUCCAGGUAACUUUUUUUGCAGCUUUUGAAAUUUCAAUCUGUUCAGAAGGUCGAACGCAGCUGGAAUGAAGUCGGCCAGGAUGUCUGGGAGAUCCGGAAGAAGCCGCGACGGGAACUUUGUUCGAAACAGUCUCCAGAUGCAGGUUUCUUCUUUGAUCAAGAAAUCACUAGAAAAUUCUGGAAAAUUUGUAGAGCCGAGACUUUGAACAGUUGUGCGAGUUUAUCAUGAGGGUCAAUCCGCUCUACGAUUCGAGCGAAGGCUGGAGAGAAAGCAGCGACGACGACGAGCCUUUCCAGCCACAGGUUCAUCAGCUCUCAUUUUUCCAACUCUUACUUGAAUCUUUUUCAGUUUCCCAAAGAGUUGGCAUCAGCUCCAGAACGCGUUAGCAUCUCAAGACAUGACGAAAGAGGAGAAGGAAAAUCGAUCGUUCUGGAUUUGGGAAGACAAACCGUUGAACACUGGGUCAAAUUUGCUAAAAAAGCCAGUAUCUGA